AUGGCAGCACGUGGCUUCUUCUCAUACUGGCUGCUCCCCGUCGUCUCAUCCCUAGUAUGGCUCGGCAUGCUCCUCGGCAUGCUCCUCCACUGGAUCGUCGACACCCACCGCCGCAUCUACCCAACCAUGGAUCGCGGCGGCACCAUAGCCUACAUCAGCGACAUUGGCGCCCAGCAGCUCAAGCCGCUCUUCAUCGCCGGGUCCGCCGUCACCGUCGUCCUCCUCGACCUGGCCUUCUUCGCCGAGCGCUGGCUGCGUCACCGCGGCCGCCUCGUGCGCAACCAAUCGUCCGGCGAGAGGGCCCUCGUCUGGUUGAGCAUCCUGUUCGCCAUCGUCGGCGCCGCCGGCCUGAUCCUGCUGUCCAUCUUCGACACCUGGCGGCACCCGAGGGCCCACGACGUCUUUCUGCUUCUGUUUAUCGGCGGCUACUGGCUUUCCGCCGUCUUUAUCUGCUGGGAGUAUCAGCGGUUGGGGAUCAAAAAUCGACAACAUCGCAUCCUCCGCUCGUCUUUUUGGAUCAAGCUUGCCUUCAUCAUGGUCGAGCUCGUCCUGGCUAUCGUCUUCGUCUCGACCACUUUUACGCACAACAACAACGUCGCGGCCGUGUUUGAGUGGGCCGUAGCCUUUAUUUUCACCUUUUACGUCGCCUCUUUCAUCAUUGACCUCAAACCGGCCAUACACACCAAGAGUCAUGCGGCGAGAUUUGAAAAGACUCACCAUUUGGAGGAUGCGCUUCCUGCGAAUGGGCACAGUGCCGUCAACGGGGAUGGCUUUGUGGCUGGGCGGAAUGGGCGCCACUUGUAA